AUCUUGUCAAGAAAACAGCGACUACUUCUUCCAUCACCCUUUACCAUUCGACUUGAGAACUUCGCCAUUAGCCGACUCUUUUGUUUCUAUCGAAAUCUUUACUUUCAUCCUCCAUUUAGGUUUCUAUCAAUCACAUGAAGCUAAUAUUUUGUUGGUUUCUUAUUUUAUUUUUUCAGUGUCUUGAUUUCCACGCCCUCGUGAACUCUAUUAUAACUAAAAUUUGACUAGUACGACGCCAGUUCUUCACGUCAUAUGUUUGAGGACGAAAGACCUCAACACUUUGUACAUUGAUUUCUACUCUGUCUCUUAACAUAUUGUUGCACAUCAAAGCAUAAGUCUUAGUACUAAUUAGCCUAUCUAUCUAUUUUUGUGUCUGCCAAUCAUCACAAUGCAGCAGGCGCCCUCUUCGUCGUCAAGUUCGUCCGCGGCACAGCCUGCUGCUGCUGGUCCCAGGAAAGACGUUCUUUUGGGCGGCUGCGGAAGCUUCAGGCGAUGGGCAGCUGCUGUGGAGCAAACUGAGCGGGACGAACUUGCAAAGCGUCAGUCGGGAUUCAGUAAGAGGGUCACCCAGAAAAUCGCGAUGGCGCAGGUAGCUCUUAGAUAUAAUGUCGUCACGUCAAUCCGCUUAGGUAGUUUUCCCACUUUCGUCCUCUUACGGGAUCCAAAACAAAGUUACUUAUGUAUGAAAAUCUUUAUAAACUUCUCCUUCCAAUCCUCAUCUCAAUCGGCCCGGUAUGACGUUUUGACUUCAGUUGCAGAUAUGACCGAACUUGCCUACAACACCCUCUAGGUAAAUGCAUGGAUGGUGACCGCGAGCAGGCACGACCACGCAGCGCGACAGAACUUCGACAUCGUCUUGCGCAAGAUGGUAUGUGACUACAUGGGAGACGUGAGCGGAGGGGUGUCUGCGUUGGGAAGUAGCAGCAAGGGAGAAAUGCGCAGUAUCGCAGUGCAACAGCAGAACCAAGACAUCAGAAACGCCGUUGACUACUACCUGCAGCACAUCCGAACGCGAGCCGAGCAAGGUGAUACCAGUUUAGAAAUCACUCGGCCUCUGGUCGAUGGCGCUCCGCGGAUGCGCAACGGCGCAGCAGUUGCGCUCCCGAUCGUCAUCAGUGCUCUCCAGCUCAAGGGCUUCAGCGACAUAAGCACUGCGCGGGGCAUGCCGUAUGGUGAAGCUGGUCCGUGGCCGCGCCUGGCAGGCGCACAGCGUGCACGCCAGGAAAUGCUGGAGCUCCCGCUGUCCGUCACGUUUGCGCCUGGCACCGCAAUUAUAGUCGCAACAGCUUACGGCUUUUCGUUUCCGCGUGCCGACCAACUAGCGGCACGAGCGUUGCAAGGGACUGAGCGGCCGCUAGCGUUUGGUCAUCGCUACUCCUCACGCCCCGGCGAAGAAGGUAGAUGGGGCCGCUACGUAAACCUAGUCGCUGAGACGCGAGACAAGGCUGUGAAGCAACUAGUGGAACGCUUCGACCAGGUACUGGCUACAGGAUCUACGGAGUACGUGGUCACCCGCGAGGUCAUCGACCAGGAGCUACCGAAGCUCCCGAACGGAACUGCCGUACCGCUGAACGGGGUCGAGGCUCGCGCGCUUCAUCCUUCUCUGACUGAUGAAGUGUCGCUCAUCUCGGGACUAGUAAGCGCGUCGUGUUAUUUUAAUGCGUGGAAUGGUUUAGAUAUCAUGGCAGGCGAGGGAGAUGAUCGGCGUGAAGGGGUGGAUAUCCACGGGGAUACUGCGUCGCUACCGUUUCGGCUGGUGUUGUGCAAAGAGGGAUGAAAUAGAAAGAAUGAAGAGCAGGAGGACGAGCCACAACCAUCUCACAGUUUAGAUGUGCGAUUUCUACCUAGAAGAAGUGUGUAUGUUGCACCUUUCCUCGUACUAGGAUAUCAUCUUCUUGUUCUCAAUAGAAAUAUCCACCUUGCGUUCCAAGUUCCAUAGACACAAGAACUUCUUUCGAUGACAGAACUUAACAUUUGAUGGAUCCUAUUCAGCAGCAACAGCAGACUUCUUGGUACUGCUCCAUAAUCUGUUAGCUGAUUGCACAACGAAUUUCAAGCACGUUGUGCAGAACAUGAACAAAACACUUCCACCAAGGAACUGCUUCAGAAAUAUGAAGUGGGCGAAGUACCUUGAGUACUUAUGAGGAAAACUACAUUUUCCUAAAACCUUCACUUGACGAAACGUUACUACGAUUUCCCUUCAUCGAAAUUCUAGAUGAUGAAGAACCUCCCAAGCAGUGCAACCAUAAAACUGUCGUGGUGGCCCUGAUGCUAGCAGUGAAAACGAAGAUGUCUUUGGACACCAAACUUUGCGUUACCACUGUUUGUCGUAAGUAGAAAAUUUUCCAGGGCGGGUUGUAAAACAGCUUUUUGUGGCAAACCGCCUCUGCGUCCAUCUCUCUUCAGCGACUGAAGACCUGCGCGCACUGCCCGUCUUGGAAUCUGGCCAUCAUUCAAUAUGGUUCGAUGAGGAUUGUUUCCCUGUAGAGUAAAAUUGUGGCGGUGGAUCAGAGGACCUUGUUUAUCGAUUCGGCAUUCGAUUCCUCAAGGCGGAGCCCUCAUGACGCACAUUGUAAAGAAGCACGUCGUGAAAAACAC